AUGUACCGCCCCGCGGCAGCGAAAAAUGAUCACGCUGCCUUCGACAUCCCGACUUCUCGGCCGUUGACAUCACCUAAGCUGCACACUCGUCAUAAACGCUCCCGAUCCCGCUCAAGGCUUCCACCUGCACUCUAUGAUAUUCUAUACGUUUAUCCGGCCUCCUUCCGCACCCUUCUAUUUCUCCUGAUCGUCGGUGGAAUUUUAUUCUGGCUUUCAACCCAUCUUUUCGUAUUUGCUCGUUUCAUGUUUGUGGAUACAGUAUUUUCUGCAGGCUGGUUUGCAUCACAUCACUUGGCGCUUAGGAAACAGCCAUUGCUCUUUGUCCAUUCGCCUUGGUCAGCCGCGAUUGUAUGGGAGACCACUCAACCCCGAUCGGAAGGAGACCACAAGCAUAGAGGCAUCGGAUUACGUUAUCGGAAGCAGAUUCAAACCAACACCCGCGCCUCCGCAUUCGGCUUCCCUAAAACGACUGUCAAGCCGCAAUUUAUAGCUCCUAAAGUUCAGGUAGAGCAGGCUGAAGGCCGAGAGGGCAGAAACAGAUGGGUCCAUUCAGUCCUUUUGGACCAUCUGGAGUCUGGUUCUACUUAUGAAUACGAACUAGUCCUAGAAUCCGGCAACAUCGAUCCGCUUACUGGUCUUCCCGCCACGGUAAGGACCUACGGCAAUUACGAAUUCAAAUGGCUAGGUGUCAAUCCACCCGACCCCGCUUCUGUAGAUCAUCUCUCGUCUAUGGUUGUGACCACCAACAAAACGAUCAGUCCAAUCGAAAUGUUCGUCAUCGGUGACACUCAUUCGAGCCCAGGAACUCUCAGACCGUUGAUCAAGAAAGCACACAACUUGAAAUCCUACCUGUCCCCUCGUGGUAGCCUAUUUGGAGUCCGUAAUAUCACCAAUUCCCCCCCACCAUCGCAGCCUCACCUGAUGAUUCACAUGGGCAAUGCGGUCCAAGAGGCCCGAGACUUGAAGCAUUGGCAAACCGAAUUUUGGGACCCUAUCACCUUUCAACAGAAAUCCAGCUCUGAGAUCCCCAUUAUCUAUGCCCGCGGAUCCCACGAUUUUGAUACCAAAGGCAAGAGUAUCUACACCGCUGGUUUGUCGCAUGUUCAAGUCGGCGAAAUCAAUCGUACACGGGUGGCUUUGUUGAAAAAUCAAAAGAAUAGAGUUAUCUUGCCCGGUGUCUCCAUCGCUGAACGUCAGUAUGGCGCCUUACUCUCUACGCCGAGGGACCAUCGCACUCGCGGCACUUACUUUGCCUACUCGCCGCAUCCCCGUGCUAGAGUGCUUGUAUUGGACAGCAACCUCGUCGUUGACAGGCAGGCCUUCUAUAAGAGUCGCAGCAGUCUCACUGAAGUUGCCGACCAGGAGCAUUGGUUGCUCUGGGAGAUGGCACGGCCGGAAUGGAAAGAAGCCAGUCUUCGACUCAUCGUUGUGAACCAAGCACCUUUUGUUGAGCACGCCGACGAGCAGAUGUGGAAGCAUGACAAGGAUGCUCAACUCAACCAUUACAUCCGCACGGUCUAUGCGCCCCACUUCCACGCGACUUCCGAUGUGACGAGGAUGUAUGACAUCCCCCCAGCGACAUUAGUUAUUUCAUCUAAUGAAGUUGCGGCCUACUCUCGCGGUCUACUCCGGACAUAUUUCACCCCAUACUUCUUCGAGAACGGCCCGUCCUCAAACAUCCCCCCAUCACUUAUCAAGCAGCACGAGAUGGCACGCUACUCUGACCUUGAUCCGCAUUCACACGAAGAAGAUCAUGGAGUGAUAUACGUGGUCACCCCCGGAUCAGGAAAAUAUCACAAAAACCCCGCCACAAAAGUGGAAAACUGGGGCUUUUACGAAACAUCUCAAAGUCACUUGAAACAGCACAAGACUCGUGCUACCGGUGGUGGUGGGGCGGAUUACUUUAGCCCCAUAACGCUCGAUAUGGCGCCUGAAUUCGAAACCGACGAGAUGUGGCUCGAGGAUUCCCAUGAAAACACAGCCCGGCGGCAGCGGUGGUCUGAUGAAAACGUCCGGGUUUAUCGGAUUGCAGGUAGUCAGCUUCCCUGUCCUAUCAAAUAUUCUGAUGGUGAUCACCAUAUCAAACAAUACACCGCUAUCGACCGGCUAUACUGGCGCACCAUGGAUGCCAAAGGAAGACAGGUCGAUCGGUUUGUGGUCGAAGCAACGAGCUGUCGACAAACCAACUGA